AACCAAGCAAGUUUGGCAGUACUUCGUGCGUGUUUCUAUCGUUUCGCAGCAUACGGCUUAUUUCAGAGACUUGUACAAACACCUGUACAAUGAAGGAAGAACGAGAGCCGAAGGACAAUUUUGGAUUGAAACCCGCACAAAACGUUACCCCCGGAAUGAAACAAGAGUUCGAAGAUGAUGCGUGGAACAAUAAUCCAGCACGGAGUAAUGCACCCAAAGAGGAGGGGGAAAACCAUGAAGAACCGUCGGAAAACCCAAAAGCGGUGCUAAAUGAUUGUCUGCAGCGGUUCGCGAGUGUGGACUAUAUAAUGGAGCCGGGAAUCUUUGGCCAGCUGAAGCGUUACUUCCAAGCUGGUGGCACUCCGGAGCAUGUAAUCGAUCAGUUAUCAUCGAACUAUGCGGCAGUAGCUCAAAUGGCAAACCUCCUCGCCGAGUGGCUUAUCAUGGCUGGUGUGGGCGUGACUGACGUACAGGCGAUGGUAGAAAACCAUCUGAAAGACAUGAUUCUGAAGACGUUUGAUCCAAAGAAGGCGGACAAAAUUUUCACCGAAGAGGGCGAAACACCCGGUUGGUUGACGGAGAUGAUAGAACAUCAUACCUGGCGCUCGUUAAUAUACCGCCUGGCGGAAGAAUAUCCGGAAUGUUUAAUGUUGAACUUUACCAUUAAGUUGAUAUCGGAUGCCGGAUUCCAAAGUGAGAUUACUUCAAUUUCGACCGCCGCUCAGCAAAUAGAAGUGUUUUCACGCGUGCUAAAGACGGCCAUCGCCAAGUUUCUGAGUCAUCCAGAGGACUGGCAGAGCGCUAUUGAAGAGGUGGCAAAGAUGGUAUGCCACGGACAGCACACGUACCUGUACAGCCAGGUGCUGAUACAAGUGCUGUCACAGGAACCCAAGGGUGGAUUCAUCAUGAAACGUCUUUCACAAGAAAUUACCAAAUAUGCGCUGAAGAACAAUCACAACGUAACGCCAAUCACGAUGGCUUUGAAUGGUUCUUCUCGUCAUCCUCAAGCAUGCGAGGCGCUUACAUCGAUGCUGUCACGCAACACACUCAACCCAGCAGAUAUAACUGUGCUGUAUCGCAACUACACUUCCCCUGAACCGCCUCCCAUCGAUUUGAUCCGCAAUCCACAGUUUCUUGACCUGCUCGUCGAUUCGCUGUUCAAGGUUGGAGUGAAGAUUAACCAGGAGCACAAAUCGAAGUACAUCUAUCUGCUCGGAUACGCGGCAAGCGUAUGCGAGAUACCGUCGAAGAAAGGGCAACCAAAAGGGCACCGGGUACUGAACAAGGAUGAACUGAAGGCAACGAUCAUUGCCAUCGAGAAGGUCCACGCGAUAUGCAACGUGAGUCGUGGCUCGAGCGAACUGAUUCCGGAUAUCUCUACCCUGUACAGCUGCAUCCGGUUUCCGGUGGUUGGAGUGGGCGUAAUCCGUUGGGUGGAGAACACCGUCACUGAGCCUUCCUACUUCAAACUAUGCACCGAGAGCUGCCCGCUACAUCUCGCUUUAUUGGACGAAGUGGCAUGUGUGCAUUCGUCGCUACACGACCAAAUUUUGCGGCUGCUGGUGCGGUUGUUUGAGUCGAAACAGGACGAGCUGGAGAUAUUGGUGCAGCUGGAAUUGAAAAAAAUGCUGCUUGAUAGGAUGGUGAAUCUGUUGGCUCGUGGAUGUGUCGUUCCGGUGGUGAAAUACAUCAGCCAGUGUUGCACGAAGGGCGACACGGACAUUUCACUGAUAAGGUACUUUGUGACGGAGGUGCUCGAAACCGUAACGCACCCGUACUCGAGCGAGUUCGUUCAACUGUUCCUCCCGAUGGUGGAAAACGAGGAAAUUACUGGUUCAAUGCGCGGUGAAGGUGAUAACGAUCCAGUGUCGGAGUUUAUAGUACACUGCAAGGCACACUACACGACGCUAUAGGAAAAAGAAAAUGUACAGCUUCAAUGUACAGGGUAUUGUAAGGCUAUGAUUUCAAUAGUCUAAUUUCAUGUAUAGCUAGGCACUAAGCUAGGGCACAAGGGUUGCUUGUACUCUUGUACGAAGCGCCCUAUUGCGAGAUUUCAGUAAUGGUAGGCAACUUUAGCAUGGACUAGGCUCGUCAAAUCGCAUUUGAUUGAUUCUACCUAGAAAAGGUUUUGCUAAAAAUGAAUGCACUCAACGGAGCGAAAUAAGAGAAGAAUACGCUUGAAAGAAGCGUCCAGAGAACGCUAACUAUACCAUAGGAUGUUCUGAUAAUCAUAAAUACACGUAUGAGAUAUAGAAUAAAUUAAAAUUUGGUACAAUUUUCAAACCAAGAAUGUAGAAAAUGGAUUAUACACAUACGCGAAUUCAUCAAU